AUAAAAUUUGUGCGCGUGGGUCAUUUUCAUUUCAACUUUGUUGUUCCCACUUGUUGAAGAAAUGUCAAAAACAGGCCGGUGAACGCAUCUGAUUCCCUUCGAAAAAAAAGAAAAGAAAAGAACUCAUCUGAUUCCCUCACCUCUCUCCUCAAAGACCAAUUAUUAUUAUUAUCAUUCUCUCUCUCUCACCCUUUGAUGAAAUAUUAUUCUCUCCCAACUCUGAUGAAAUGGUUUCAUUGUUGUGACAAUUAAGCUGAGUCCACUGAAGUUAUUGCAUACAUAUACAUACACACAUUCAUUAUGGAUGAUACAUCAGCACCACCUGAAUUUCCGAAUGCGAAUUUGAAAAUUCCGGUCGAUUUAUUCGUGUCAAAGAAGCAUCACGGUCUCAGGUUUGCCGACGCCUCCGGUGAUCUUGUUUUCAGUGUCGAUAUUCAAUCUUCCAACUCAACUCCGCCCCGUCGCAAGCGAGUCCUCGACGCCUCCGAAAAUCCCCUUAUCACCUUGUACCGUAAUCAUAAUGGAUCUUGGCAAGGCUUUAAGGCGGGCGAUACCGAAGAGUACUUGAUAUUUGAAGUGGAGAGGACUCCAAAUUCACCUGGUAGAACCGAGUUUGAGGUGGUCCUUGUCGGUGAACAUUCAGAAGACUCGAACUCUGAUUUCAAGAUGAAAGGUUGCCCCUCCCAGAGGUCCUGCACCAUUUAUAGAGGCAAUUCAAUAGUGGCCCAGACUAGCCUCAUGUACAAGCUCGGGAUUCGAAGGCUUUUUGUAACAAGGCGUAGAUUUCGACUAACCAUUUUUCCUGAGUUUGUUGAUCACCCUUUAGUUGUUGCUUUGAUUGUAAUAUUUUUUGAUGGACGAAAAUUAUGGAUCUAAGAGAACUUAUACAUAGUUUUGUCAAAUCAUUUUCACAGAAGGGGAAAAAAAAAUGUGGUUUGGUUAAGAGUUUUUAUUCGUGGCCUGCAUACUCUCCUUCCCUUCCCUCCCCUGCAUACUGUUGGUCGAGAACAAAGGAAUAAAUCAAUAAACAAAAGCUCAUUGCCUUAUACAUAUAUAAGGGUUGGUAUGGAUUUGGGUGUGUGACUUUCUUGUAAGCUUCUCAAACUUUUCUGAUUGUCAUGAUUUCUUUCAUCUAUUUUUCCUUUUAAUUAUUUUGUUUCUUCUUUGCUUUUAAUUUUAAUUUGAGUGGUGCUUCCUUCUUCCUUUUUGGCAUUACCCUCUUAUUUCCAGCUCCCAACUGGUGUGACUAGUAUGGAGCUUUAUACCCUAUAAAUUGUUGAUGGGAUUUCAGACAAACUGACCUUCAUUUGAACAUUUGCUUUACAAAACUGGCAGAUUUGCAAUAUUUUUAUGUAUGAUGGACUGGAGUAGUGCUUGCAUAGCCGUGUCGGUCGUGACUGUUCUCGGCAUUUUUCCGUGAACUUAUUCCAUUAUUGGUUAGAAUAAAUUUAGUUUCAUAAUCUAUAUGUAAUGCCUAAUGGUAGAGAUGAAUGCAGACAGGAAAAUCAUAUGUUUGAAGCAGCAGCAUAUAAGCAUCAAAAAGGGAGGUCCUGGUUAUAUUUUCAAUUCGGCUAUUGCAAUUCUUUCAAACAAAAAAUGGUGCAUUUUGGCUUCGAGACCCGUAAAAUGAUGAUUUUGGACAGAAAGAGGAAGAUGAUAUUAGUGAAAUAUUUAUAUGCACAUCAAACUGCAUCUCAGUAUAUUAUGUUAUAUUUAGCAUAAUAUAUUUGAAGAGUUUGUGACUCAAUUCAAGGAGCCUAAUUAUGACAUUGUUACAAGCUACAAACUCAAUGCUACAUAAAAGUAGGUAGAAUCUAUAGUGGCAAAGCGGAUUUGUAAGCAAAUUUUUUCCAUACAAAAAAAAAUAAAAAAAAUUGAUAAUUUUAUUUAUUUAUUUAUUAUAAACACCUACUUUCAUUUUUCAUCUUA